AUGAGACACGCGCGUCGACAAGCUGCAGCCAAAUUGGCAGCACUUUUUCUGCUGCUGCUGCUGCUGGCAGGAGCUGGUGGCGAGAGCACCAGCGAUUGGCCGCGCCGGAUCGAGCCGCCGCCGAGCGGCGCCAGCUUCGACUACAUUGUGGUGGGCGCGGGCAGCGCGGGCGCCAUUGUGGCCAGCCGGCUGGCGGAGCAGCCGAACGUGACCGUGCUGCUGCUGGAGGCGGGCCAGGAGCCGCCGUUGGAAGCAGAGUACCAUGCGCUGAGCGGACGGCUGCAUCACGACGUGCGCUACAUGUGGCUGGACGAGGCGGCGCCAAGUCCGCGCUGCUGCCAGGCGAUGCAGCCGCCGCACGGCUGCAGCUGGUGGCACGGACGCAUGCUGGGCGGCAGCGGCGCCAUCAAUGGCAACGUCUAUGUGCCCGGCAGUGCUGCCAAUUUCCACGACUGGCGCUGGCGGCUCGGCCUCCGCGGCUGGGACUGGCCGCAGGUGCAGCUCGCCUACCACCAGCUGCAGCAGCGCCUGCAGCCCAGCCUGUUCCCGCUGGCGCCUUCGAUGCAGCCGCUCGUCGAGCUCAUCUAUGCCGCCAGUGCGGAGCUGGGCGUGCAGCCGCUGCAACAGCCCCUGCUGGCGGGCAGCAGCAUCGGCUACACGCAUCUGGUGCCCGCCACCAUACACCAGGCUCGACGCGCCAGCAGCGCCCGGCAGUAUCUGGCCCGUGGCCAAGGGGCGCGGUCCGGCGGCGACAACUUGCAGCUGCUGCGCGGCGCGGAGGCGCAGCGUCUGCUGCUCAGCGCCGACGGGCGACGCGCGCGUGGCAUCAACUACCUUCACUUGGCAAGCAAUCGUACGCUGUGGGCGUGGUCGCGCCGAGAGCUGGUGCUGAGCGCGGGCGCGUUGAACUCGCCCAAGCUGCUGCUGCUCUCCGGGAUUGGGCCUGGGCCGCAGCUGCGCCGGCUGGGCAUCAAGCCGCGCCUGCAGCUGGCGGGCGUGGGCCGGAAUCUGCACGAUCACGGCAUGCUGCCGCUUUACCUGCGCUUCACGCGCACGCACACCUGUGCUUUCAAUGGCAGCGACGACAGCGACGCCACCGACGCCAGCUUCGCCAUGAUGGGCUUCAUCAACUCGAGCGCGCCGGCCUGCGGCAUGUGCCAGCCGGAUGUGCACGUGGCGGCGCACACGCUGCUGCCGCGCGGCAGCGCGGGUAGCUUUGGCUACCUGGGCUUCCGCCCGGCGCUGAUCGCGGCGCAGCGUGCGGCACUGCAGCAGACGGCCAUGUUGCAGAUCAUGGGCUCCUUGCUGCUGCCGCGAUCGCGCGGCCAUGUCGAGCUGCGCAGCGCGGAGCCGCAGCAGCCGCCGCUGGUGCAGCAUUGUUAUGCGCGGCAUGCCACGGACCGUGCCACCUUGCUGCGCUACGUGCGCUACGUGCAGCGCCUGGCGGAGACGCGCGCCUUUCGCGGCUGCGGCCUGCGGCUGUGGCUGCCGCCGCUGCCCGAAUGCGACGCUCUGCCGCCGGACUCCGACGCCUAUUGGCUGUGCCACAUGCGCUACAUGUAUGUGGGGGCGUGGCAUGCGGUCGGCAGCUGCCGCAUGGCUGCCGCCGGCGAUCCACGCGGCGUCGUCGAUGAGCGGCUGCGCGUGCGCGGCAUCCGCGGGCUGCGCGUCGUCGACGCCAGCGUCAUUCCGGAAAUAACGGCGGGCAACACCAAUGCGCCCACCAUGAUGAUUGCCGAGCAGGCGGCGCGCAUGCUACGCGAGGAUCAGCUGCAGCUGGACCGACUGCAGCAGCCGGAGCAAGAGGAGCAAGCGGCGCAUCUACAGUCAAAUGAGGUGCAGCAAUCGGCCAAUCAGCCUUUCGUACCACAAGCAGCUGCGGCAACCAAUGAAAUACCUGGUAGCUUCUAUGCCAAUCAAUAGAACCAAAGAGCCAAAGCGCGUACAACAGCUGAUAGGGCAAAAUAUACCCUCACUUAGUCCAAUAAAUGAUAAUAUAUAUAUUCAUAUAUAUACUAUCGAAUUGUGCCCAUAUAUAACAGAGCAAUAAUAUCCGAUCUGCUAUCUGUUUU